AUGCAAUAUAUUGAUAUGGAAAAGUAUAUUGAAUAUCUUUGUAUAGAUAUAUUAACAUUUCAUGAAUUAUUACGUCUCAUCGGGCCGAAGAUCGAAAAGCAACAUGUAGUGAGAUCUCCAAUACCCGCUUCUACACGUCUGGAAAUAUGCCUACGGUAUCUAGCAUCUGGAGAUAAUAUGUCAUCAAUUUCGUUUGCUUUUCGAGUAGGAUUGAAUACGGUUUCAAAAAUUAUAUCAGAAACUUGUGAAGCUAUAUGGAACAUAUUAAAAAAAAAAGUUUUUCCCGAAAUCACUGAAGAUUUUUGGAGAGAAAAGGCCAACGAAUUUGAAACACAAUGGAAUUUUCCUAACUGCAUUGGAGCGAUAGAUGGAAGGCAUAUGGCAAUAGUGGCUCCACCUCAUAGUGGUUCAACUUAUUUUAAUUACAAGGGUACCCAUAGCAUUGUUCUCCUAGCAAUCGCAGAUGCAAAUUAUUGUUUUACAGCAGUAGAUAUUGGAGCUGAAGGUAGAAGAAGUGACGGAGGCAUUUUUGCGGAAAGUAAAAUUGGACAUCAUCUCAUCAAUAAUACAUGUAACUUACCUCUGCCGAGAUCAAUUGUAGAAAAUGGUUCACAAUUGCCGUUCGUUUUAGUGUGUGAUGAAGCUUUCGCCUUAACAUCUUUUAUGAUGCGACCUUAUCCACGUGCCAACGAUUUAAAUUUACGACAGAAAGUAUUCAACUAUCGACUUAGCCGAGCUCGUAGAAUUGUGGAAUGUGCUUCUGGCAUUUUUACGGCACGUUGGAGAAUUUUUCGACGAUCUCUGUCGACAAAUAUCAUGUAA